AUGUUGACAGAAAACAGGUGAGUUUAUUUCUUACAAUAAUGCCUUAUUUAAUUACUAUCGACCUCAGUGACUGUUAGCUGUAUUUGUCUCUCUUGUAGGCUAAUUGAUCUCAGCGUAUCAGUUUAUUAUCUCACUUGGUUGUUUUCUUCCCAGAGUUCUGAUCAAUAUGUUGUCAUACCCGUGGCUGAUAAUUUGAACACGUCUGCUCCUGUAACUAGGCUGUGCCUGAGAUCGCCUAUCUCUCUAUUUUGGGUACUUGGUGUUCUCUCACACAUACACCCACUCUCAAAAUAGGCCUAAUAAUAUAUGCCAUUUAGCAGACGCCUUUAUCCAAAGCGACUUAUAGUAUAUAUUUUAUGUAUGGGUGGUCCCAGCGGGAAUCAAACCAAUGGCCUUUGGUGUUGCAAGCACCAUGAUCUACCGACUGAGCCACACAGACCACAAACACAAACAAAUUAUAUUUUUCUCUCUAAGACGGUCACUCUCACACUUUUACUUCCUGCCUAUCUCUCUCUCUCACUCACUGUGUACAGGAAGCGGCGGCGUGGUGGAGACAAUGAGGGGGACCAGCUGAACCCCCAGGCCAAAAGGUCAGGAGGGGGGCAGGAGGGUCACGCCAUGGUGUCCAAGCUGGGCCAAGACGUCUGGGACUCUGAGGUAACAGAACACACACACAUAUACUUGUGAUGGUUUGUGCAACAAGUAUUUUCUCUAAGUCAUACCUGUUUCUUCUCUCUCUGUGCUCCAGUCGUCCAGCAGUGACAGCAGUAGUGGUAUCAGUAGUCCUGAGAGGGCAGCGGGAGGAGCCAGCACAUAUACACAGAGCCAGAAGAACCGCACGUCCCAGGGUCUCCUCAGACCCUCGCCAGAAGACCCUUCCAUAUCCUCGUUGAGUCUUUAUGGCAACGGCACCCCCUAUGACCACAUCAACAGUGUCCUGAGGGAGGCCCACUUCAGCAGUCUGCAGACCAGAGAACCAGGAUCUACGUGACCUCACCUCACCCCUGACCCUUGUUACCCCACUGGAAAAAGCCCAUGGGUAGGAUCCAGGAAGAAGUUGCCCAUAAACUCAAAUCUAGAAUCAAUUUACCCCAGAUUUGUGUCUAGGAGCAACUUCAUCCUACUGGGAUUCACGAUGUGGCAGAAGUGGGUAUACAUCCUUUGGGCUCUGGACCCAAUCCAUACCAUUGUCCCUGUGCUGUACACCUUGUAAUGUGCCAUACAUAAAGCACACCUACAUAUCCAAUGGCCCACCCACUGUGGUACUACUAUAUGCAGUAUGUACAGUACCAGUCAAAUGUUUGGACACACCUACUCAUUCCAGGGUUUUUCUUUAUUUUUACUAUUUUCUACAUUGUAGAAUAAUAGUGAAGUCAUCAAAACGAUGAAAUAACACAUGGAAUCAUGUAGUAACCAAAAAAGUGUUAAACAAAUCAAAAUAUAUUUUGUAUUUGAGAUUCUUCAAAGUAGUCACCCUUUGCCUUGAUGACAGCUUUGCACUCUCUUGGUAUUCUCUUAACCAGCUUCAUGAGGUAGUCAUCUGGAAUGCAUUUCAAUUAACAGGUGUGCCUUGUUAAAAGUUCAUAUGUGGAAUUUCUUUCCUUCUUAAUGUGUUUGAGCCAAUCAGUUGUGUUGUGACAAGGUAGGGAUGGUAUACAGAAGAUAGCCCUAUUUGGUAAAAGACCAAGUCCAUAUUAGGGCAAGACAAGCUCAAAUAAGCAAAGAGAAACGACAGUCCAUCAUUACUUUAAGACAUGAAGGUCAGUCAAUCCGGAAAAUUUCAAGAACUUUGAACGUUUCUUCAAGUGCAUUCGCAAAAACCAUCAAGCGCUUUGAUGAAACUGGCGCUCAUGAGGACCGCCACAGGAAAGGAAAACCCAGAGUUACCUCUACUGCAGAGGAUAAGUUAAUUAGAGUUAACUGCACCUCAGAUUGCAGCCCAAAUAAAUGCACAGAGUUCAAGUAACAGACACAGUUCAACAUCAACGGUUCAGAGGAAACUGUGUGAAUCAGGCCUUCAUGGUCAAAUUGCUGCAAAGAAACCACUACUAAAGGACACCAAUAAGAAGAAGAGACUUGCUUGGGCCAAGAAACACAAGCAAUGGACAUUAGACCGGUGGAAAUCUGUCCUUUGGUCUGAUGAGUCCAAAUGUGAGAUUUUUGGUUCCAACCGCUGUGUCUUUGUGAGACGCAGAGUAAGUGAACGGAUGAUCUCCGCAUGUGUGGUUCCAAGGUGAAGCAUUGAGGAGGUGGUGUGGGGGUGCUUUGCUGGUGACACUGUCAGUGAUUUAUUUAGAAUUCAAGACACACUUAACCAGCAUGGCUACCACAGCAUUCUGCAGCGAUACGCUAUCCCAUCUGGUUUGCGCUUUGUGGGACUAUCAUUUGUUUUUCAACAGGACAAUCACCCAACACACCUCCAGGCUGUGUAAGGGCUAUUUGACCAAGGAGAGUGAUGGAGUGCUGCAUCAGAUGACCUGGCCUCCACAAUCACCCGACCUUAACCCAAUUGAGAUGGUUUGGGAUGAGUUGGACCGCAGAGUGGAGGAAAAGCAGCCAACAAGUGGUCUGCAUAUGUGGGAACUCCUUCAAGACUGUUGGAAAAGCAUUCCUCAUGAAGCUGGUUGAGAGAAUGCCAAGAGUGUGCAAAGCUGACCUCAAGGCAAAGGGUGGCUACUUUGAAGAAUCUCAAAUAUAACAAAUAUUUUGAUUUGUUUAACACUUUUUUUGGUUACAUGAUUCCAUAUGUGUUAUUUCAUAGUUCUGAUGUCUUCACUAUUAUUCUACAAUGUAGAAAAUAGUAAAAAUAAAGACAAAUCCUUGAAUGAGUAGGUGUGUCCAGUCCUUUGACUAAAUGUAGUGUAUGUACUCCAGCACUUUACUGAGGGGUCUACUACUCUGUGUUGGUCUCCUUACAUGAGUGAGUUGUUGUUGGACAUUCUCAUUGCCACUGGUGCUAUCUACUACAGACAGACAUCUGUAUGAGUGUCUAAAGUGCUUGCUGUAGCCUAAUUAAUAAAGAGAAGCACUUUAUCAUGCCUGUUAUUUUCUUGUCCAGGCCAGUACUCAUUGUGCUGUUUCGUAUGCAAAGCUGAGUGUGAGUUGGUGUUGAUUAGUCUCUAGUUACUUUCUAUGAUUGUCACAUUGGCCUAGAGGUUAUCCAGAAAGAGAAUUUCAAGCCACACUGCCAAGCUUCUUGUACUGAUAAGGUGAGGUGCUUUGCAGACUAAAGGCUGAAGUUUGGGUUUGUUCGUGUAUCUUGGCAUUUCCAGCAGCUGCAGUGAGCAUCGACUGCUCAUCCUCCCACCACGAAAAAAUUAAGAGGGAACCAUGAGUACACUCACUCGCACAGAAUACAGUUCUCUGUGACUAUAACAGGCCAAAUUCUCCAUUGUUCAGGGGAGUGAAUUGAACGUUACAGAAUGUUCCAAUGGAAAUUGUAUUUUUUUGUUUCUCUCUACAACAUUGUUUAACGCAACACACACCACUCAACAGUAUAAGCCUCAGACCCAGGGGUAUGGGUCAGUCUGUGGGAAGGCCAGUGGGUUCACUGUAACGAGACACAAUCUACCAUAUGGAAGGUGGCAUUGCCACAUUUUGCCAUACCUCUGCUAUUUUCCAGAUGCCAUCAGAAAUAUUGAGUUGCAGGGGCCUUUGAGUUUGUGUUUUCCUACAGAAUCCAAUAACCUGCUCUUCAUACUUCCCUGUGCUGGGAUCAUCUUGGCAACGCUUACCUUCAUCACUGUUAUAGCCUGUCGCCCUAGGAAAGGAAACAAAACACAGAUGGGAGACUGACAGACAACAUCUCUGGUCUUGUUGAUUUUUUUUUGGCCCUGUUUGAAAACUUUGAAAAAACAUAAUUUCUUCCUCUUUUCAAGUAAAGUCACUACUUGAUUACUUAGGAGGCUGUUCUACACUAUGUCCACAAGGGGGUAAUCUAUACCUAACGAUGAACAAUCAACAAAUGAUGGCUGCAAGCAGCAGCCCUGUCAAGUGACAAAAUGUAUAUUCGACAAUGUAGCUGUAUAUUUUAUUUUAUUAUGUUACAGAUGUCUGGGUACAAUAACGCCACGUACUCCAGCAUGAAUGUGGAACUGCAGCCCCAUCAGGACAUCCCUGAUAUCAGUAGUGAUCUGUGUGUGUCCAGGGCAGAGAAAGGAGAGGUCCAAGCCCUUCUGUUGCAGCACGGGACAUACUGCAACUAG